CUUUGGGCCACUUCUUGGGCUGGACUAUGAAAGCAGUGCUCGUCCGACACUAUGGCAUCUGUUGGACCAUAUCGUUCACGUGGGAGAUCACCGAAAUGGCGUUCGCGCACCUCUUGCCUAACUUUGCCGAGUGCUGGUGGGACUCAAUUGUGCUCGACGUCAUCGUAUGCAAUGGAUUGGGAAUAACUGUUGGGAUGUGGAUCUGCCAUAAGCUGGAAAUGAGGACUUAUAAAUGGGAGAGCAUUAAGUAUGUCUUUCCACUCCUCUAUUUAUUUGCUAUUGGAUAUUCAGUCGACAUCAUUGAAGAUAAGGCGAGCAUUGCUACAGUUCACGCCCGUCGAGUGGACUCAUGUGCAUUGGUUCGACCCGUCCCGCACUUAUGUCCGAUUCUUGGCGGUCACACAACUGGUCAUAUUCUGGCAGUUGAC